AACCACCGAUUUUGUGCUCAGUCCCUCCUGCUUUGUCUCUUCGUCUAUGGCAACAUACAUUGCUGAGGACUGAGGAGGUGUCCGGUCGAGAGAGCAGGGACCAGAGGGCGUAGGGGAGAGGAGAGAGCUCAGGGGGUGGACAGUGGGUACUGUGCUUUACCGAUCGACUGGACUUGUCAGGGGGCGUUUGGAGAUCAAACAGCGAAAACAACGAAAUAACAUCUCUCCUGUUUUCAUAUACCCGACAAUUGUUGGACGGACACAUUUAUCUCUGUCGAACUCUCUAUGGCGCUUCCGGACGCCGCUUCAACACGGAGUAGUUUAGGUACUGGCAAUGUGCAUUAAUCUCAAGUGAAUGAAUUAUUUUCCUGCUAUGUGUAGUUUCACACUGUUGUGAAUGUGACAAUGCAGUAUUUGCCGUGGAAUUUCUUUCGGAUGAGCUACGGCGAAGAGGCAGAAACACGCCUAUUAUAGAGGGCAAUCACCGCGCCAAACCAACAGAAACAACGUCCAGAAUUUGGUCAGAGAACAUUUUCCAUCUGCUCACCUGCUGAUUUGGUUGACCUACAAUAACAAUGGGGCUGGACGCCGCACCAAUGUGUCACCGCCAUGUCAACACUGCUUGACUUAAUGGCCAAUGCCUUCCAGGGACCCCUCCCCGAAGAAGUAUCCCACUCCCCUGGAAAAUAGAGCAAGACUGGGGCUUCUGGUGGAUUUAACGUAUUGUAGUGUAACCAAAUCUGCUGCCCAACAAUGGAAGCACGUCACCUGCUGUAGGCCAAAUUAAGGGAAGCGGCCUGUGAUGAGUUGGGCUUCUUUGGCGUUGUUCAGUUGUUUAACAGCUACGUCACCUAUCCGGAUUCCUUCCCAGGGGGAUUCUGCCUCAGACUCGGAUCCUCCACGUUCCCGGGAGGACUAUGCCUCAGACUCGGAUCUCUUACUGGACCUCGAGGGUGUCUGAUGCACCGGCUCCUCCAUCAGCCACAAUGGGUUUUGUGGCUGGUUCAAGGAGCAAGAACUGCCAGACCUCCUCUGCCAUUUCACCAGCCAUUAUCAUCAGCAGCUCUAUGGGAGCAGCCGAUCUACAGCACGCGGGCCCAUGCGUUCCAGAUUGACCCCAACACCAAGAAGAACUGGGUGCCCACCAGUAAACACGCUGUCGCCGUGUCCUACUUCUAUGACAGCACCCGCAACGUUUACCGCAUCAUCAGCCUCGACGGCACCAAGGCGAUAAUCAACAGCACCAUCAGCCCCAACAUGACCUUCACCAAGACGUCUCAGAAGUUUGGACAGUGGGCCGACAGCAGAGCUAACACUGUUUAUGGCUUGGGCUUCUCUACUGAACACCACCUGACCAAGUUUGCAGAUAAGUUUGCAGAGUAUAAGGAGGCAGCUCGUCAGGCCAAGGGAAAAAGUCAAGAUGGAAAGAUGGAACUAGCCACCUCUCCCUCUCAGGAGUCGCCAGCAGGUGAACUCUCUUCACCUUUGACUCCUGUGACUCCUCCCGCCAUGGACAACAUCAACGGGACAGAUGACCCCUGUGACAUCACACCCGAGCCCCGUCCUGAACCGUCUCAGAACGCACUGGCCUUCACACACAGCCCCUCCAUCAAUAAGCACUGGGAGGCAGAGCUAUCAGCUCUAAAGGGGAACAAUGCUAAGCUAACAGCCGCUCUGCUGGAGUCCACAGCUAACGUCAAACAGUGGAAACAACAACUGGCCGCCUACCAGGAGGAGGCCGAGAGACUACACAAACGGGUGACUGAGCUAGAGUGCCAGAGCACACAGACCACUGUGAUCAAAUCCCAGAAGACGGAGCUAAACCAGACCAUUGAGGACCUGGAAAGCACUCUGAAGGAUAAAGAAGAGGAAAUGGAGCGGUUGAAAGAGGAAGUGGAGAACGCUAACGAGCUGCUAGAGCAGAGACACUCCUUAACACAGAAACUACAGGAGACGGAGUUGCAUUGGCGAGUGUUAGAGGAGCAGCUCCUGGGAGCUGAGCAGCGAUUGGAAGAAAGUCAGGAAGAGCAGGAGAACUUCAGGAAGAGCCUAAGGACCCUACUGGAGAUGCUGGAUGGGAAGAUAUUUGAGCUGACAGAGCUCAGGGACAGCUUGGCCAAGCUCAUAGAGGGCAGCUAAAUAAUCACACACCACCUCCCACUGGCCAACACACAGAAUUACACAGACACACUGACCCCUACUGGCAGAGUCAGAGAACUACACACACAGAUACACCACAGGAUUGAAAUGACUCAUAGAGGUCCUAUAGAGCUCACUGGCUCACAGUGCCCCUUAAUGUUAGACAUACAGAACAGCACUCUCGCAGGUUAGUGCCCCCUUCUACCAGAGCCAUAGAACAAUAAUAUACACUGCUGCCAGACCCACACAACAACAUAACCCAGUGCUGAUGACAUAGAACAGCACCCCUUAUUGGCUCCUAGGUGUAUUGUAUCUGCACCCUCUCCUUCCAAAAUAACCUCCUGCAGCUGCUGCCACACUGCCCUGAGCUGUUGAACACACAGAACAGGUGCCCCAUGCUGACUCUCUGAACAUAUGUCUGAGCAACGACAUCCUUUGCAGACUGACGGAACAGCAACCCUUGCUGGUAGACUCACAGAAAUACAGCUUUACAGUUAAUUCAUACACAGUAUUCAGUAUCUGGCCCAUGCAGAAAUAAAACCUACAAAUCUAGUGUUGCCAGCACCAUAUUACAACACGCUGAGCUAUUGAAAACCACAGAACGGCAGGAAAGCCCUAAAUCAACCACUGAAACCCACAGAGCAGGAGCAGGAGACAUGUCCAACACACAACCACACACCUUGGCCUAGGAUUUACAAAGGCUGCUGUAAAUUGGAGUACUGUUUACAUUGAUAUUCAAGUCUUCAUGAGUAUGACUGAACCUUCGCAAUAUGAAAAUAAUAUAGUAUACUAUCACAAGAGAAUCUUCCAGAAGCAUUGGUCAUGCUUUAUUUAGAACUCCAAGUAUCCUAGCGGUUAAGAGCAUUAGGCUAGUAACCGAAAGGUCAUUGGUUAGAAUCCCUGAGCCGGCAAGGUGGAAAUAUCUGCUGUUCUGUCCUUGAGCAAGCCCCAACAACAACUGCUCCCUGGGCGCAGAUGAUGCCAAUUAAGGCAGCCCCACCACCUCUCUGUUUCAGAGGUUGGGAAACUGACUCUUGACUGGGACAUUUCUUUAUGGUUUAUUCCUCACUUCUUAUUCCACCAGCCCAACUGGUUUAUUUCUCACUUCUUAUUCCACCAGCCCAACCCCAGAGACCUGGGGAAUGUUCCCUCUAAACUGCACGCACUUCCUCCAGGACUGCAGCACAGAAGAAAUGCCAUGCUGUGUUCAGAGAUGCAAGAGAUUGAAAUUCACUGAGUUCGCCCUAUAUAGAUCAACGUCUUUCCUGUGAUCGAAUCAACAUUGUAUCAGGCCCUUUUCAAUGCAACAAACCAAAACACAUCAUACUCUGCAAGAUUGAGUCUGUGAUUGUGUUGUAGGCAAGGCCAGUGCAGAACGGAGUAGAAUUAUAUUGUCGGGGGUAGCCUACAAGCGGUAUUUCAAUCACUCUUUUCAGAUGAUUUCAGAUCAGAGUGCAGAGCCGUGCAAGUGCAUAUUUGUUGAUAUUCUUUGCUAGUUAGUUAGUUAUUAGACCAGUUAUAGAUAAGUAUAGGUCAGCAAUGGGGAGUUAAUGCUUCCUACAAGAGCACAAACCUUGUAGGCUACAUUUCAAGCACUUGUUGAAAAGCCAGUCAGGUAAAAAGCUUUUGUCUUCAUUAAAGGGGCAAUGCAUUUUGAGUCAGGCUUGAUAAGCCAAUAGACAGAGGGGUAGCCUAUAUUGUCUAAUUCUCUGUAUGGUAAUAAUUAAUCAUUUUAUUUUGUGAAAUGGUUUCUUCCAUCAUACAACACAAUGCAAUCACCUUUUUGGCCCAUGGUGUUACAGACCAAGUAAAAAAUAUUUCAUUAAUGUCAAUGUAAAAACGUUUUUAAAAGUCACAUGCAAUGUAGGCCUACAUUGAAUAACACAUAUAGGCUACUGUAGGCCAUAGAAAACAAAAGCUAUUUCCAUGUGAAAAUGUUAUGGGAUUUGCUCCAUUGGUUGUGUUGGUAGGCCUACAUUAAGCUCAAAUAGCCAUAAUAGCCUAUUGGCUACUUUCUAAAACUGUAAGGGUAACGCCUUAGUGUUCACUGUAAAUGCACGCUGGAAGUUGCACAGAAUUCUCACGAUGUUCAAUUUUCCACUCUCAAGAUGUAAAAUUUGCUCAGUGCCCCCCAAAAUUUGAGGAAACAUUGGACCUGGGGUUUGGAGAAAAGUUUCAGAACGUUUCAAGCAGUUCAGCGUUAGCCCUGUUCAUUUGAAAGAUGUUUAAAUGUUUUAAAAUCUUACACGUUCUAAAUCCACCCUUACUUCCUCCUGAACAGAGAACUGACCUUAUCUUCCUGCAAAGCUUGGGGCGAUGUGUGUGUUACUGAACGGGUCCUGAACUCUACACUGCUUGAGUGUGUUGGAGUGUGUGUAUGUGUCUAGAGAGACACAUGCACAAAGAGGCCUGUAUACACACUGAGUAAAACCAGACAUUCUCUGGAUGACAGACACUUUAAUCUAACAAUCAGGUAUUCAACUCAACGGUCUGACUCGGACACCAAGACUGCACCUCAAAUGACACUCUAUUCCUCAUAUAGUGCUUUACUUAUUAAAAGAUACAUAGACAGACAGAUAGGUAGUUAGAAAGAUAGAUAGUUGUAUAGUUUAUUUAUGUAACUCUUCAAUUAAAAAAAAGCAUAGUAUGACAUUUAUGCAUAGGCACUUUAAAAUCCAAGAUUAUAAUAUGGCUCAAAGCAUAAAUGCCGUAUGUGCAAAGAAAGAAGAAAAACUGUACCAUUCAUGUGUCUCUACUGCACUUUAAGGGGAAUAAGGGGAAGAGAUGCGCCCUAAAACUCUUUGGUCUCAGAAACACUGGGUACACUCACAUGAAAAAAUACUAUGGUUUACUAUAGAACUCUACCAUACUUACUAUAUAAUUCUGUAGUACACUGUAGUAUACGGUAGAAUACUAUACUACACACUGUACUAUCCCUUGAUCAUGUGUAGUACUUACUACAGAACCGAGGAGGCUGGUGGGAGGGCUAUAGGAGGACGGGCUCAUUGUAAAGGCUGCAAUGGAGUAAAUGGAACAGAGUCAAACAUGUGGUUUCCGUAUGUUUGAUACCAUUUUAUUAAUUCCAUUCCAGCCAUUACAAUGAGACGAUCCUCUUAUAGCUCCUCCCACCAGCCUCCUCUGCUAUAGAAUGUUGUAGUAUACUGUAGAAUACUAUAGUAUUAUCUGCAAAAAAACACUGUAGUAUAUACUAUAUAGAUCAGGGGUGGGCAACUCCUGUCCUCGGGGGCCUGAUUGGUGUCACACUUUUUCUCCAUCCCUAGCAAACACAGCUGAUUAAUCAAAUUGUAUUCUAAACUGAAGAUCAUGAUUAGGUGAUUAUUGGAGUCAGGUGUGUUAGCUGGGGCUGAGGCAAAAUUGUGACACGAAAUCAGGCCCUCGAGGACUGGAAUUGCUCACCCCUGAUAUAGAUACUACUAAUUAAAUACUGUAGUAUUUAAUUAGCAUAUACCUGCCCAUUCCCCACCCCCAUAUCCCAAUUUGUGCUACCCAUAAGUGAGAAACCUACAUGUCAAGUAUGCGUUCACUACAGGGUAUAGAAAAGAACAGAAGCGGUGAACUUUCUGUGCAGACCUGCCUGCCUGCCUGCCUGCCUGCCUGCUAUGGAACAUUUUCUCUUUUAGUAUUUCUCCAGUAGGUUUUCUCAAGGAGAAAGGAGAGCCUUUACUUCUAUGUCAAAGAUAAUAAAACAAAAAUGCUAUAAUACAUACUACAGUAAUGUCUGCAGAAACACUACAAUAAAUAACAGUAUACUACAAUUUGCAAAAAACACUACAGUGAAUACUAUAGUAUUGUUAUACCGUAGGACACUAGUAUUUUUUCAUGUGGGCAGUUCUUCACCAUGGACCUGGACUGCGAUGAAUACAAAAUAACUGUCCUUAGUUUAUAUAUUUUUUUAUAUUCAGUAUAUAUUAUGUAUAUUAAAUAUAAGACAUACUGUAUAAUAUAACUUUAUACUUGGGCUCGGGUGUAACCAGAAAGUUGGUUAAAUCUGCAAAAUAAUUUUCUGUUGCUUUGCUGUACGUUUUUGGAUUAUAGAAAUCAAUAUCUUAAUUUUGAGGUGAAUGAUGUUAUACUGUAAAUGAAAGGCUUUGUUGAGAUAAUGCGGAGGAUAUAAGAAUUUGUUUUCCUAUUUUGUAACUUAUGGUACUUAAUUUAAGUAUGAGUGUAUUUAAAGCUGUGAGAAAGCUGGCAAUAUGUUUGAUUAUUUAAGUAAUUUUGAACAAAAGUGAGUAUGCUAUUUAAUAAGAUGUACCUCCGGCUUUGAAUAAUGAUGCUAGGGUGUACGGCUGGUGUGAUGACGCAAUUGUGAUGAAAAAUGUGGUUGUGGUGGAGAUGAAUUUACCAAAUUCUAUGGAGAAUUCAGAGCUUUGAAACUUUCAAAAGUUUUGGAAUCGCCAUGUCAAUGUUGUAAUAAUAUUACUACAGGAAAGAAUCACUGUUUAAGUAAAGUUCUUAAAAUAGUUUCUAGACUGACCACCUUUGCAAUGGGACACAUUGGUUGAAAUUACAUCAGGCUGACAUAUUCUGGUUGUUGUAUACAGGCGGAAAAAUGCAGUUUUUUUUACGUGUUUCAGAAAAUGUCCAGCCUUUUCCCAGACUUAUUCAAUUGGUCGUGAAAAAGACAUCUUGAGACAUUUGGACAUCUGAUGUAAAAACAGAUUUCAACCACAACAAUUACAUCAUUAUGACAUUGUAUGCUCACUGGGUCAUGUUCAGAAAUAUGUUGGGUUUAGAUUUCAGGGGUUCCCUGCACUGUCUGUUUCUUCCCUUCACAGAACCAUGGACAUGAGAAUGGACUACUGGGAAAUUGUCGAGUUUUAUUUUUCAAAACAGCUGAUGGACUAAACUGUGUAUCUUCUUUUAUAAACACAUAAUAGCUCUCCUUGGUCUGGCUAUAACUGCCAUGGAGUCAAUUUGUAUUUCUCUGGUGGAGGUAGUGAUACUGUUUGCAGAAGCAUACCUUCAUUAUACAUUGACAAAAUUGCACAGAAUGUCAGGAAAUUCAAAACAUAAGUAAAAUACACAAACACACCAUGAAUGGAAUUUUAAAAUACUUAAAUUAACUAGGCUAAAAUAAUGAAACAUGUCACAAUUUAUAUUUUUCACAGAAAGAGAGGCAACUUCAGUACUCGAUAUACCAGGUUUUAUUACGCUUUGAAUACAUAUGAAAAAUAGAGAAAAGGCAAAAAAGUUAUUUUUUGAAGAACUAUUGCUAAAUAAAUGUCUGAGAAACCAUUAAAUGUUCAAAUAAAGACAGAAUUUGGCCGUUUUUGUCAAUCA